CGGCGGCACAGUAUAACUCGUGGGGCUGCCGCGGCCAUGGCCACAGCCGCCUCCAACCCCUACGGCCUGCUGGGCGCCGGCGCGCUCGCCCACGCCGAGGGCGCGGGCAUGCAGCAGGGCAGCCCGUUCCGCAGCCCGCAGAAGCUGCUGCAGAGCGAGUACCUGCAGGGCGUCCCCGGCAAUGGGCACCCGCUGGGGCAUCACUGGGUGACCAGCCUGAGCGACGGCGCGCCCUGGCCCGCGGCGCUGGCGGGCGGCCCGCUGGAGCAGCCCGACGUGAAGCCGGGCCGCGAGGACCUGCAGCUGGGCGCCAUCAUCCACCACCGCUCGCCCCACGUCUCCCACCACUCGCCCCACGCCAACCACCCCAGCGCCUGGGGCGCCAGCCCGGCGCACAGCGCCUCGCUGGCCGCCCCUCCCGCCGCCGCCGCCGCCGCCGGGCAGCCCCUGAGCGUGUACUCGCAGGGCGGGUUCGCGGUGGGCGGCAUGCUGGAGCACGGCGGGCUCACCCCGCCGCCCGCCGCCGCCGCCGGCCAGGGCUUGCACCCCGGGCUGCGCGGCGAGGCCGGCGGCGAGCACGGCGAGCUGGGCGGCCACCACUGCCAGGACCACUCGGACGAGGAGACGCCGACCUCGGACGAGCUGGAGCAGUUCGCCAAGCAGUUCAAGCAGCGCCGCAUCAAGCUGGGCUUCACCCAGGCCGACGUGGGGCUGGCGCUGGGCACCCUGUACGGCAACGUCUUCUCGCAGACCACCAUCUGCCGCUUCGAGGCCCUGCAGCUGAGCUUCAAGAACAUGUGCAAGCUGAAGCCGCUGCUGAACAAGUGGCUGGAGGAGGCCGACUCCUCCACCGGCAGCCCCACGAGCAUCGACAAGAUCGCGGCGCAGGGGAGGAAGAGGAAGAAGCGGACCUCCAUCGAGGUGAGUGUCAAGGGCGUGCUGGAGACGCACUUCCUCAAGUGCCCCAAGCCGGCCGCCCAGGAGAUCUCCUCGCUGGCGGACAGCCUGCAGCUGGAGAAGGAGGUGGUGCGGGUCUGGUUCUGCAACCGGCGGCAGAAGGAGAAGCGCAUGACCCCUCCGGGCGAGCAGCCGCAGCACGACGUGUACUCGCACGGCGUGAAAACGGACACGGCCUGCCACGACCUCUGACCGCGGGCUCGGCCCCGGGACUGCCCGGCCGCGGCACUGCCCGCCCGCACUAUGGGCUUUAACUUAUGGUUUCGGGAGACGCGGCGAGGGGUCCCCGCCCGCCGCCGCCUCGGCAAUAUUUUUUUUUUCCUCUCUCCGACCUGGUCACACACGGUGUUUACUCGCAGACAAGGUUUGUUUUCGGUCUCCGCUAGGAUGAAGGAAAAAAAAAAAAAAAAGACACACAAAAAAAAAAACCCUCACCAACCCCACCGCAAAACAAAACCCAAACAAAAAGGAAGGAAAAAAAAGAAACCGAGAAAAAGAAAAAAAAAAGGGAAAACCCACGGAAAAAUAGAAAAUGAAAAAAAAAAAGAGAACGAAAAACCCGACAGAAAAGGAAAGACAGAUGUGUGCCUAUGAAUAACCUUCCAGCGCCUUGGUUAUAUCAGCUGUAUUUCAGGUGAAUCUGUUUUACAAUAGACUAGUUUUGCAUUUUUAAAGACUUAUAUAGCGUUUUUAAAUGUCUGAGGUGUUUUACUACAAACUGUACACAAUAUUUGUGACCUAAUUUGUAUCGAAUUGAGCAGUCCAAACGUUCCUCCCUUCCCCAAGCGCCGGCAAUGUCACCGAGCGGGGCCGGGGCAGGGCGGCCGCGGCCCUUCCUCACCCCCCCGGAGGAGAUGGGGCUCCCUCCGCGCCCGCGGAGCCCCGCACCGAUGUGAAGAACGGGCUUAUUUGUUGCAGCUUUUUUUCUUCCUUUUCAAGAACUUCCCAACACCGUAAAACGGUCGGGUCACAAGCCUGACCUCCCCCCCUCCCUUCUUCUCGCAAGGAAAAACAAUAAUUAUAUAUAUAAA